UCUCUCACAGACACCUUAUCAGACUCUGUAGCUUCCCUUUGAGCUAGAAAAGCUCAGAAAAAGAUGGGUUUUGCUACUAGAGGGUUUCUGCUGGUGCAGCUCUCAGUGCUCCUACUGAGCUUCUUCAGUGUGUUUGGUCUCAUUCCAGUUGACCCACCGCGUCACCCUCCUAGUCACCCCCCCGUUCACCCUCCUAGCCAUCCGCCGGCUCACCCUCCUAGCCAUCCUCCGGCUCACCCACCAGUUAAGCCCCCAGUGCACCCACCGGUUAAGCCCCCAGCGCACCCACCGGUUAAGCCCCCAGUGCACCCACCAGUUAAACCACCAGUUAAGCCCCCAGCGCACCCGCCCGUUAAGCUACCAGCUCACCCACCGGUUAAACCUCCAACGCCCCCACCGGCUCACCCCCCAGUCCACAUUCCGAGUUUCCAGCCUAUUCCACGUUUCCCGAGGAGCUUUGUAGCGGUCGAAGGCGUUGUUUAUUGCAAGUCCUGCAAGUACGCUGGGGUUGGCACCCUCUUGGGAGCCUCACCAGUUUCUGGUGCCACUGUAAAGCUACAGUGCAAUAACACCAAGUACCCGGCGGUCGUAACAGCAAAGACCGACAAGAACGGCUACUUCUUAAUCACGGCACCGAAGAUCGUCACCUCCUUCGCUUCCCACAAGUGCAAGGUGUUCUUGGUCUCGUCGCCGGUGGCCACAUGCAGCAAGCCGUCUAACUUCAACGAUGGUCUCAGGGGUUCCCACCUUAAGCCAGUGAAGCUAUAUGUGUCUAACAAGCUUCUAUUUGUUCUCUACACCGUUGGACCUUUCGCUUUCGAACCCACAUGCCCACGUUAAUUAUUUGUUUUCCACCUUGUAUUAAUUUAAUUUCCUUUUUUUAUUUCCACUUUCCGAGGUUUCGUCCCAUGAUUUAAUUGUUGUAAUGGCAGUUUGUGAUUUGAUUUACCGUGUGUUGCCUCGAGCGACAAUAAAUGAUAGAGAGAGAGAGAGAGAGAACAUUAAUAAAAUUUAUUAUUAAUUGUCCAAAA